AUGGCAAAGACGUACUGCAGCCUUAUGCUCCACAGGAAGUCAGGAGGACACUGCUGGGAAGAGAAAGGAUCUCAGGAAUGCCCAGUCUGCAGGAGAAAGUCCUCUAUGGAAUCUCCUCCUCGUAACCUAGCCUUAAAGAACCUGUGUGAGGCCUUUUUACAGCAGAUAAUUCCGAGAGCUGCUGCCGGGUCUGAAGCUCUCUGCACUCUGCAUGGUGAGAAGCUCAAACUCUUCUGUUUGGAAGAUGAGGAGCCGAUCUGUGUCGUCUGUCAGACUUCAGAGAAGCACGAGAACCACAAAUUGCGGCCUGUUCAGGAAGCAGCACUGAAAUACAAGGAGAAACUCCAGACUGCACUGACACCACUGCAGGAGAAGCUGGAGGCCUUUAUUAAAGAAAAACAAAAGAGUGAUAAAGCAUCUGAGAAAAUCAAGAGUCAGGCCCAGGAAACACAGAGAAAAAUAAAGGAGGAGUUUGAGAAACUCCAUCAGUUUCUACGAGAUGAAGAGGCGGCCAGGAUCAGUGUGCUGAAAGAGGAAGAGGAGGAGAAGAGUCAGGUGAUGAAGGAGAGGAUUGAGAAAAUCUCAAAAUAUAUAUCAUCCCUCACGAAUACAAUCAGAGCCAUAAAACAGGAGAUGAAAGCUGAUGACAUCCCAUUCUUGCAGGUAAAGGCAUUUCCUGUGUGCUGUUACAGAGCCCAGUGCAAUAUGGAAGAUCCAGAGAAGUUGACCUCAGAGGCAUAUAUUAAUGUAGCCAAACACCUGGGCAAUCUGAAGUACAGAGUGUGGGAGAAGAUGCUGGGAAUUGUUCACUACACUCCUGUGAUUUUAGACCCAAACAAAAAAAAAAAAGCCAAACUCAUCCUGUCUGAGGAUCUAACCAGUAUGAGAUACAGUGAGGAGGGUGAGCAGAAUCCUGAUGGCCAGGAUUAUGAAGAUGAGGAUGAGGAUGACAAGGUUGUUUUCAUGCUGGGGUCAGAGGGGUUCAACUCAGGGAGACAACACUGGGAUGUAGAGGUUGGAGAAAAUCUUCGCUGGGCACUGGGUGUGAUUGAGGUUAAUUUAACUUGUAAAGGGGACAUUGAUGGGGAUACAGCAGAGUGUUGGGUAAUGGGAUUUGAAGAUGGGAAAUAUGAAGCAGGGAGUAGUGCAGAGGAUGAAGUAGAGUAUAAACUGACUGUUAGGAGAAAACUGGAAAAGGUCAGAGUUCAGCUGGACUGGGAUGCAGGGGAGGUGUCCUUCUCUGACCCCAUUGACAGCACUACUCUGCACACAUUUAAACACAGAUUCACUGGGAAGGUUUUUCCUAUCUUUUCCAUAAUGUCUGACUCUGCUCCUCUGAGAAUCUGCCCAAUGAAGGUGUCUGUGACAGUGUGGUAG